GGGGCCGCGCAGGCGCAGUGCGCGGGGUUGGAUAUUCAUGUGGAGGUCAGAGCGGCGGAGGGUUCGACGGCCCGGAGAGAGCAAGGACCUCCCCGUCUGAGCCAUGGCUGCCAAACUGUUCGAGGCCGUCGGCAAGUUCGGCCUGGCCUUGGCCGUUGCCGGUGGCGUCGUCAACUCCGCCCUCUACAACGUGGACGCCGGGCAUCGAGCGGUCAUCUUUGACCGGUUCCGGGGAGUCCAAGAUGUCGUGGUUGGGGAGGGGACGCAUUUCCUCAUCCCUUGGGUCCAGAAGCCGAUCAUCUUCGACUGCCGCUCCCGUCCGCGCAACGUCCCCGUCAUCACCGGGAGCAAAGACCUGCAGAACGUGAAUAUCACGCUGAGGAUCCUUUUCCGCCCCGUGGCCAACCAGCUGCCCCGCAUCUUCACCAGCAUCGGCGAAGACUACGACGAGCGCGUCCUGCCGUCCAUCACCACCGAGAUCCUCAAGUCCGUGGUGGCACGCUUUGAUGCCGGGGAGCUCAUUACCCAGAGGGAGCUGGUGUCCAGGCAGGUGAGCGAUGACCUCACGGAGCGAGCGGCCACCUUCGGGCUCAUCCUGGACGACGUCUCCCUGACUCAUCUGACCUUUGGGAAGGAGUUCACAGAGGCUGUGGAAGCCAAGCAGGUGGCCCAGCAGGAAGCCGAGCGGGCCAGAUUCGUCGUGGAGAAGGCCGAGCAGCAGAAGAAAGCAGCCAUCAUCUCCGCCGAAGGGGACUCGAAAGCGGCCGAGCUGAUCGCCAACUCCCUGGCCACGGCCGGCGACGGGCUGAUCGAGCUGCGGAAGCUGGAGGCGGCGGAAGACAUCGCCUACCAGCUGUCGCGCUCCCGUAACAUCACCUACCUGCCGGCCGGCCAGUCCGUGCUCCUGCAGCUGCCCCAGUGACCCCCUCCGGCCGCCCCGGUGACCCCGCCGCGGCCGCCCCGGUGAGACCGCCCGGCCCGACCGGUUCUCUCCAGCCGCUCAGCCGUGACGCCGCGGCUGCCCCAAGAGAGGCCGCCGGCCCGACCGCGGCCCUCCUCUCCUCCCGCCCCCCGGCCCCGGUGAGACCGCCGGCCUGAUCCGGGCAGGACUCCCACCCCCACUCUUCCUCCUCCUCCUCUUCCUGCUCUUCCUCCUCUACCUAGAAAUCACUGUGAAACUUCGUGAUUCGGCAGAAGGAAUAGGGAAAAUAAAGGAGAAUCAGUGAUGGAUCCUGAACCGCCCCGGCAGAUUGAGCUCCCCUCUGCCCUCCUCUCCCUUCCCGUGUCACCCCCACCCCCAGUGUAUACUUUCUCUCGUUUUCUCUCUCUUUCUCUCUGAACCAGAGCCACCCAGGAUCCCUGAGUGGAAGCCCGCUCUGCCCUUCUUCCCCUCCCCAUGUCACUCCCCCCCCCAUACACACACACACACACACUCUGAACCAGAGCCGCCCAAGGUCCAGGAUCCCCAAGUGGAAGCCCCUCUGAGGCCACGGUCUGGGCAGGGAGGCCCUCCCUGGGGCAAGCAGGCGGGACCGGGGGCCGGCUGCGGACUACCGUGGUCCCAGGGUGAGGAGAGCGUGGGCCUCCUGCCUUCCUCCCGUCGUGGUCCGAACGAGGGUCUGUGGGGCGGCUCUCCGUCAAGCAGCCGGACUGCGGGGGUGCCCCGGGGAGGCCGAGGGCGGCGGGGUGUCCGAAGGCGCCGUGGGGGAGCUGCGGGGGUACGGAUGGGAGUAGUUGCCUUCAAUAAAGAGUCUCCGGCCGCCCGUGCUGAGCUGAA